AGCGAGAAAGAAAAAAAAACAAACGUUUUGAAAUCACACCAAAAAUUGGUGGAAAGUGCAGUUAAUCUUUAAUUUUUCCGCCUAAUUUUAAUUGAAACAUAAAUUAAACAGACUCAAAUCGUCAACCAACAAUGCCGAUUUCAUCGGAAGUGAAUCUGGCGGAUGUAUUCUUUAACGAGGAAGACCUCCCGUACGAGGAGGAAAUCCUCCGCAACGCGUACUCGGUCAAGCACUGGAUGCGCUACGUGGAACACAAACGGAACGCGCCCAAGUUCGUGAUCAACACGGUGUUCGAGCGGGCACUCAAGGAACUGCCCGGAUCGUACAAACUGUGGUACAAUUAUUUGAAAACGCUGCGACGGCAGGUCAAGGGGAAGUGCGUGACCGAUCCGGAAUACGAGGAGGUGAACAAUGCUUUCGAGCGGGCGCUGGUGUUUAUGCACAAAAUGCCGCGGAUUUGGAUGGAUUACUGUUCGUUUAUGACGGGGCAGUGUCGAAUUACGCGGACUCGGCAGGUAUUCGAUAGGGCGUUGCGGGCGCUGCCGAUCACGCAGCAUCAGAGAAUUUGGCCACUCUAUUUGCAGUUUCUGGGGAAGUUUGACAUCCCGGAAACGGCGGUUCGGGUUUGGCGGAGGUAUUUAAAGCUUUGUCCGGAGGAUGCGGAGGAGUAUGUGGAGUUUUUGACGGGGAUCGGGCAUCUGGAUGAGGCGGCGCAGCAGUUGGCCAGCAUCGUGGACAAUGAAAACUUCGUUUCGAAGCACGGGAAAUCGAAUCAUCAGCUGUGGAACGAGUUGUGUGAGCUGAUUUCGAAGAAUCCGGAUAAGGUGCACUCGCUGAAUGUGGAUGCAAUUAUUCGAGGAGGGUUGAGACGGUACACGGAUCAGCUGGGGCACUUGUGGAACUCGCUGGCGGAUUACUACGUGAGAAGCGGAUUGUUCGAUAGGGCGAGGGAUAUCUACGAGGAAGCUAUUCAAACCGUAACGACGGUCCGGGAUUUUAGUCAGGUGUUCGAUGCGUACGCUCAGUUCGAGGAGUUGAGUUUGAGCAAGGUGAUGGAAGAAAUGGCCAAGAAUCCGACUCCGACGGAAGCAGACGAAAUCGACGUGGAAUUGCUGAUGGCGCGGUUUGAAUAUCUUAUGGAACGUCGAUUGCUGUUGUUAAACAGUGUUCUGCUUCGACAGAAUCCACACAAUGUAGCUGAGUGGCACAAACGCGUUGAACUGUACGAAGGAAAGCCUCAUGAAAUAAUCAACACGUACACGGAAGCUGUCCACACGGUGCAACCGAAGUUGGCAGUGGGAAAGCUAUACACGCUUUGGGUAGAGUUCGCUAAAUUCUACGAAAAGAACAAGCAGCUGGACGAUGCCCGUAUUGUGUUUGAGAAAGCGGUUCAAGUUGAUUACCUCAAAGUGGACGAACUGGCUAGCGUUUGGUGCGAGUGGGCCGAGAUGGAGAUCCGCGCGGAAAACUUCGACAACGCGCUGAAAAUCAUGCAACGAGCCACAGCAAUGCCCAAACGAAAGGUGGCCUAUCACGAUGACACGGAGACGGUUCAAAUGCGCGUCUACAAAUCGCUGAAACUCUGGUCCAUGUACGCCGAUCUAGAGGAAUCUUUUGGAACCUUCCAAACCUGCAAGCAAGUUUACGAUCGAAUCAUUGAUUUGAAGAUUUGCACCCCUCAAAUCAUCAUCAACUAUGGAUUGUUCCUGGAAGAACACAAUUACUUCGAGGAAGCAUUCAAGGCCUACGAGAAAGGCAUCUCGCUUUUCAAAUGGCCGAACGUGUACGACAUCUGGAACACUUAUCUGACCAAGUUCCUCAAACGUUACGGCGGACAGAAGCUCGAACGCGCACGUGACUUGUUCGAACAAUGCCUCGACGGUUGCCCCCCGGAACUCGCCAAAAACCUGUACCUCCUCUACGCCAAACUCGAGGAGGACCACGGCCUCGCCCGCCACGCCAUGGCCGUCUACGAACGAGCCACGACCGCCGUCAAAGAGGACGAAGCGUUCGCCAUGUUCAAUCUCUACAUCAAGAAAGCCGCCGAAAUCUACGGAAUCCCUCGAACGCGCCAGAUCUACGAGAAGGCCAUCGAGGUCCUUCCAGAGGCCCAGUCGCGCCAGAUGUGUUCCCUUUUCGCCGAGAUGGAAACCAAACUCGGCGAAAUCGAUCGAGCCCGGGCCAUCUACGCGCACUGCAGUCAGAUGUGCGACCCCAGGAUAACGGCCGACUUCUGGCAGACGUGGAAGGAGUUCGAAAUCCGCCACGGAAACGAGGACACCAUGCGGGAGAUGCUCCGGAUCAAGCGCUCGAUCCAGGCGACGUACAACACCCAGAUCAACAUGAUGUCGGCCACGUUGAUCAACUCGGCGGUGACCGGUGCCGGUGGUACGGAACCGCGGGAUGCCAUGCGGGCACUGGAGGCCAAGGCGGCGGAAACCAGCGCCAGAGCGAUCGCGGCGGUUGGAGCCAGCGGGGGGAACAUCAUGUUCGUUCGGGGGGAGACCCAAGGCGGGUCGAAGAAGGAGGACAAGGUGGUCAACCCGGACGAAAUCGACAUCGACGACGACGAGGAUGAUGAGGACGAUGAGGAAGCUGAAGGUGAAGAAGGUGCUGAGGAAGAGGACGUUAGCAAGAAAAUGCCCGUCGAGAAGCAGGCGAUUCCAUCGAAACUGUUUGGCAGUUUGCGGAGAGAGGAAGAGGACGAUGACGAGGAUGGUGAGUAGAAUUUUAAUUAUUGCAAUAGAAAUUAAAAUGUGACACAAUCAAA